AUGCCAUCUGAUAAUUACAAAAUUGUAAUCAAAGCUAAUAAAACACCUGCGGGUCAACAUGCAAGACGUUUUAAUGCACCAACCAUUGAUGAAGUUGCUGUCGUUGUAGUUGGAGAAAACUUGGAAUCCCAUGAUAUUGUUUUACAUCGUCGGAAUGAUCGAUUACAACGUAUAAAUUUUUUUUUUCUUGCAUAUGGCAAAAAAUUUCUGCAUCAGCCGGGAAACGAACGUAUAAAUGAAACACACCGCUCAUAUGAUGCACUACAAUAUCCUAUUAUAUUUUGGAAAGGUGAAGAUGGCUAUGAUUUCUCAAUAAAAAUGAUAAAUCCAAUUACAAGUUCUGAAACAAACAAAAAAGUCAGUUCAAUGGACUAUUAUUCAUACAGCCUAAUGAUUCGGGAAAAUGAAGACAAUCACAUAUUGAAAUGUCGGCGAUUAUAUCACAAAUAUGUUGUUGACAUGUAUGUUAAAAUUGAAACGGAGAGAUUAACAUUCAUCAGGUUGAAUCAGACCAAACUCCGAUCUGAAGAGUAUAUUCACCUUCGAGAUGCGAUUAAUACCGAUGCAAAAGCACAGAAUGUUGGUCAGAUGAUUAUUCUUCCAGCAACAUACAUCGGAAGCACUAGACAUAUGCACGAAUAUGCUCAAGAUGCCAUGUCGUAUGUUCGUCAUUAUGGUACAGCAGAUUUGUUCAUCACAUUUACAUGCAAUCCGCAAUGGAUAGAAAUCAAGCAGGAGUUAUUCCCUGGGCAAUCACCCAUUGAUCGUCAUGACAUUACAGCCAGAGUCUUUAGUCAAAAGUUGAAAUAUUUAAUGGAUUUCAUCGUGAAACAUUAUGUGUUUGGUGAGACAGGCUGCUGGAUGUAUUCUGUGGAAUGGCAGAAACGAGGGUUGCCACAUGCACACAUUUUGAUUUGGUUGGUUGAAAAGAUAAGGCCAAAUGAAGUUGAUGCAGUGAUAUCAGCUGAAAUACCUAAUGUACAAUUAGAUCCUGAAUUGCAUGAGGUUGUUAUCAAAAACAUGAUACAUGGUCCAUGUGGUACUCUUAAUCAAAAUUCACCGUGUAUGAUGGAUGGAAAUGUUCAAAACGAUAUCCAAGGACGUUAA